UCUAAAUUUCCCCUGGGCUUUCUUUCUGCCCUUGUUAGGGUUUCUUCUUUUCCCUCCAUCGAGAUCUUCCUCCUGUGCCCCACUGUUUUCUAGCCUAGCGUUGUGUCAUCAUCCUUGUCCUCAGGGUCCUUUUGGCCUCUUUUUUUCAACUUGGCGAUCCCCCCCCUCACUUGCCCUCCCCUGCAUCUUCUCUCGCCUACUCUUCUCUACUAACCUUCUGCUGCCUCAGCCUCCGCCUCUGCCGUUUGUUACCUUUGCCUCCAUCUCUGUCUGUUUCUGCCUUUGACUGUCUUAGUCUCUGUUGGUCUAAGGGAGUUUAAUUUCAUUCUCUUCCUCUUCUCUGUUUUCCUCUCUCUAUUUCUCUCUCCUUGUUUCUCUUUCUGCUUUCUCGAUUUCUCUCCGUCCCUCUGCUCCUGUCUUUCUGUCUCUCCAUCCAGCCUCUAUCUCCUCCUCCCCGCCCCCCCCUCCGCCCCCAGCCGCCGCCUCCGCUGCCGCCUCCACCUCCUCCCCCUAUCUCUCCAGCCCUGUACCGCAUUGCUGUAGUACAGGGGGUCACUGCAUUGCGCCGUCACCGUCAAUAGGUGGACCCCCUCCUAGGGAGAUAAAACCGCCAGAGCCGGCGCCGCCAGUCCCUCUGGCUGAGACCUCAGCUCCGGGCUACACAGAAACUCGGCUCAGUUUCCACUGUCUGAAGAGCCCCUACCCCACCUCAUAUCCUAACCUUUAGGUUGAAUUGGCCCCUUCCCCUGCCCCCAACACACACCCUUCAAGAUGGGUAAGGAGAAGACCCACAUCAACAUCGUUGUCAUAGGCCAUGUAGAUUCAGGCAAGUCCACUACUACGGGGCACCUCAUAUACAAGUGUGGGGGCAUUGACAAGAGGACCAUUGAAAAAUUUGAGAAGGAGGCUGCAGAGAUGGGGAAAGGUUCCUUUAAGUAUGCCUGGGUCCUGGAUAAGCUCAAGGCUGAGCGUGAGCGGGGGAUCACCAUUGACAUCUCUCUCUGGAAGUUUGAGACGACCAAAUACUACAUCACCAUCAUCGAUGCCCCAGGACACAGAGAUUUUAUCAAGAACAUGAUCACAGGAACUUCCCAGGCUGAUUGUGCGGUGCUGAUUGUGGCUGCUGGUGUGGGAGAGUUUGAAGCUGGCAUCUCCAAAAAUGGGCAGACCCGGGAGCAUGCCUUGCUGGCUUACACUCUGGGUGUGAAACAGCUUAUUGUGGGGAUCAACAAGAUGGACUCCACAGAGCCCCCCUACAGUGAAAAGCGGUAUGAUGAAAUUGUCAAGGAGGUCAGCGCCUAUAUCAAGAAGAUUGGCUACAACCCCGCCACAGUCCCUUUUGUGCCCAUUUCAGGCUGGCAUGGUGACAACAUGUUGGAACCAUCCCCAAAUAUGCCUUGGUUUAAAGGUUGGAAAGUGGAGCGGAAGGAAGGAAAUGCCAGUGGUGUAUCCCUGCUGGAAGCCUUGGACACCAUUCUGCCCCCCACCCGUCCAACAGAUAAACCCUUGCGCCUCCCACUUCAGGAUGUCUACAAGAUUGGAGGUAUUGGAACAGUGCCUGUGGGCCGAGUGGAGACAGGGAUCCUUCGGCCAGGUAUGGUGGUGACCUUUGCUCCUGUAAACAUUACUACGGAGGUGAAGUCAGUGGAGAUGCAUCAUGAGGCCCUGAGUGAGGCCCUUCCUGGAGACAAUGUAGGUUUCAAUGUGAAGAACGUGUCUGUCAAGGACAUCCGCCGUGGCAAUGUCUGUGGUGACAGCAAAUCAGACCCUCCCCAGGAGGCUGCACAAUUCACCUCCCAGGUCAUUAUCCUGAACCACCCAGGGCAGAUCAGUGCAGGUUACUCACCUGUCAUUGACUGCCACACAGCCCACAUUGCCUGCAAAUUUGCUGAGCUGAAAGAAAAGAUUGAUCGUCGCUCUGGCAAGAAGCUGGAAGAUAAUCCCAAAUCCCUGAAAUCUGGAGAUGCUGCUAUUGUGGAAAUGAUUCCUGGGAAGCCCAUGUGUGUGGAGAGCUUCUCCCAGUAUCCUCCCCUUGGUCGCUUUGCUGUGCGGGACAUGAGACAGACCGUGGCUGUAGGUGUCAUCAAGAAUGUGGAGAAGAAGAGUGGAGGGGCAGGCAAGGUGACCAAGUCUGCACAGAAGGCCCAGAAAGCUGGGAAAUGAAUUGUGGGCUCCCUGUGCAUGGUGCAGAAGCCCUCCCCAGCUCCCAGACGCUGCCACCUUCUCCCCCCCGAGGCGCAUGUGUGCACAUCCGCUUGUAAGAGUUUAUAUGUCAACGACUGGAUGCUCAUUAUCAAGGUCCAGUGGAAAUUCUUUAAAAGGAAAAGCACAUCCCAGCGUUCGUGAAGCUUUACUGUCCCAGCAUUUGUGAAGCUUAAUGUUAAUUUUACCAAUAAACUGGUCUGACAUCCACAAAA